CCUACUAAGCAUAUACGGCCAACCCUUAAACCGUACGUACAUAACUGUGGGCUAAGGCCCAAGGCUACAUAAACAUAUAUCACUCAACAGCCUCCCCCAAAUUGAUGAGGAUCUCUCAUCAUCAAUUUGCGAGACAGAUAGAAGUGACGACUAGUGGUGAAAGACUUGGUCAUCAAAUCGGCAAUCUGAUCUUCACAAGAAACAUGGAAAAGACGAAGAAUGCCAUCCCGAACCAAGUCUCGUAUGUAGUGAAGAUGAAACUCAAUAUGCUUAGUACGCUCGUGAAGCACAGGGUUGGUGGCUAUCUAAAUAGCACUUGUAUUUUCAACAUAGAGUUGGAGAGGUAUCUUGCACUUAACCCCGAGAUCACCAAGAAGCCGACGUAACCAGACAAGCUCCUUAGAGACAUCGAACAUAGCCCUAUACUCCGCUUCUGUAGAAGAUUUUGACACGCGGUCCUGCUUCUUACACCGCUAGGAGAUAAAGGAAUUACCAAGACGAACACACCAACCAGUCGUCGAACGCCGAGUAUCAACACAGCCUGCAUAGUUAGAAUCAUAGAAAGCCUAAAGCACGAAAGAACCAGACGAUGGAAGAUACAAUCCGGCGUCUUUCGUGCCCUGUAUGUAGCGCAUAAUUCAAUGUUCCACAACCAAGUGAUCUGUACGUGGAGCUGACAUAAACUGGCUGACGAUCUGAACAUCAUAUGCAAUAUCCGGACGAGUAGAAGUCAGGUAAAUCAAACUGCCAACAAGGCUCCUGUAGAUCUUCCCCCAUUAGCCAACGAUUCACCCGACUCUCGACCAAGUUUAAGAUUAAACUCCAUUGGUGUAG